AGUAAAUUUGACCACAUAAAUGUUUACACGUUAUUCGUAAACACUUGGAUAUACGUUGAAUAACUUGAAUAGUUUUAUUUAACAAUUACCAAGUCGACGUUAUUCUACAUGGUGAAUUAGUUAGAUACUAUUAAUAUCUUGCUUAAUGAAAACAAACAUUUAAAUGGCCACUCAAGACGAACCGGAUGUAUUUAUAUGCCCACAAAAAUAUUCCAAGCUUCAUGUUAGUGUGCUUGAGAUGAAGACCCGACUUAGGCUGGCAGAAUAUCUGGAUAAAAAGGGCAAACUGAUUCAUCUUGAACUCUGCAACAUUCCUACUGAGAUGUUUAAUGACUGCACUGGUCUCUCAAAACUGGCAGAUCACGAAGACGGUCUUGAACCCGAAGAAGUUAAGAGUCAAGAAGACAGUCCUACCAUGAUGUUACUUGACCGAUGGAGCGGCGCCAGAAGGACACUGGCAAAAACACGACAAAAAAUGCGUCAAGGUGUCAUGAAAGAGUUACAGCUAAACAUACGCAUCGUCCACGACCUCACAAUAGGUAAAUUCUGGGAAUACCUGCUGACUUUGGAACGUCAUGACGUCAUCCAAGAAUGCAGAUCAAUGAUAUUGAGCGAUUGUCAGAAUUUUUUAGGCCCAAAGGAGAAGCCUGCCAUUCUUAUGACGAGUGAAGCAGAUAAGGUGAGCGAUAGCAAGAAAUUGUGCGACAAAACGCUUAAGACGGGUGCAGCAGAUACUGAUGGUCAUCCAUAUGAUGAAUAUGAUGAGUAUGGUCAUCCAUAUGAUGAAUAUGAUGAGUAUGGUCAUCCAUAUGAUGAAUAUGAUGAGUAUCGUCAUUCAUAUUAUGAGUCUGUUUCAGUACGUCCUCGUCCUCCUCGUUUUCGUCCUCCUCGUGGUAUUUUUGAAAAUAGUUAUCCGCCGUCAACUAAGGCCAGCCCCAAUAUACAUUAUAAAUACGACGCGUUCGUGUGCUACAAUCAAGCAGACCCGGAAGACCAGCGUUUCGUUAAACAACUGAUAGAAGAACUAGAAGGUAGAAGGGGACUCCGCCUGUACGUCCCAGGUCGUAAUGAUGUACUGACAGAGGAACUGGAAGGUAGAAGGGGAAUUCGAAUGGUCGUCCCAGGUCGUGGAGUUUUAUCUAUUGCCAACCAAAUCGCGGGAAGGUGCCGAAUGAUGAUAAUUGUUAUGUCAAGGUCGUUUCUUCAGAGCCCAAUUAACGACUUCCAGGAGCAAUAUGCACAAGGCGUAGGGAGGGAACGGUUGAUUCCAAUCAUCAGGGAAGAAGGUGUAAUCGUGCCUAGGAUACACGAAGGUGGGAACAUUUAUGAUCUAACAAAUACCGACAAUGAGGAAGCUUGGGUUCGCCUGACAACAGCUUUAAGAGCGCCAUUAGAUCCAGGCUCGUAUUUGAGACUUAGCAGUCAUCAAAACUUGCGAGAUGUACGUUUUCCAUGGCCAGCCGACGAAAAUGACCAAACAAGACCCAAAUCGUUAGCUCCCCCUCGGGAAGUUCAGAGUCCAAGACCAGGUCUUAAAAACACACCCGCUCCAACACCUAAAACAACGCGCAUUACCAGGACAGACUUACAGUUACUUCAAAAGGCAAGACAGACAAGUCCAAACGAAACAAUGGAAAUCAUUGAACUUGUCACAGAUACUCACAUCGGAACGCCUGUUGCAAAAGAAGAAGAAACAACACCCAAACAGGUGGCUCUUAAAGAAGACUACUCCCAUCCUAUGACGGCUUCACAACAAGAACAUUUGAACCAACCAGCAUCGACUCUUUCGCAAACUCCGACCUCUUCGCAGUCAGAUGAUCCGAAUUCUUCUCGAGAGACAGCUCAAACGGACGAGGACCAGACAUCUCGCAUAACGCUUGAUCAGCCACUGACGAAUGAGUCUUGGUCAAAUGAUCAACAAUCCGAAGUCUCAGAUUCAGCAAACGCUGAACCUCAAGAACCUCAAGUCCAUCGUGUGGGUGAAAGGGGGUCAGACAAAAAGGAUUAGUCAUGUAAAUCUUAGUUGUAAUAUAGCGUCCACGAAUAGACGGGCGAAUCAACAUACUUACGAUUCCACCACCAUGGUGUGCCGUAUACGAACACGUUUCUUCUUUUUAUUUGUUAAGUUUUUCACCGUUUCCAAUACUAUUUCUACUAUAUAUCGGCCUUCAGUUUAAAAACUCACUCUUAUCCAUAUCUUGCUGGUUUACCAGUUCUUACUGCACAUAAUAAUGCAAAUAACUGGCAACUGCUCUACUUGAAUAGAGACAAAAUGGCCCCUGAGGGAUUUCGUGAAAAAUCACAACACAAGAUAUGUUUCCAAUCCUUUGAUCAAACUCGCGAACCUUGGAUUUGGAGGCC